UAUCCUAUUUAUUUACAAGAGAUACCCUCAAUUACAACUUGUCUAUUAGGUUCUGAGACCUUAUGUGAAAUCAGACCCCCAAAAAGCCGGGGGUUGCGGGACCGAAAAACAGAUCCAAGUGUAUUUGAUAUUUGGCAUUCUCCAGUGCCCCUCACGCUUGUCACUUUCUUUUCUGAUCCGUUUCAGAUUCAUUCCAUAUCCUUUUCAUAUUCAUUUUAUGUUGAUCCUCUUGUCCCUCCUCCCUCAUUUCCGUGAUUCCUUCUCCCUCCUCGUCUCAUUAAAACUCUUGCAAAACUCCCUUUCUGCUUGCUCUUCUGUUUGCGGUAGCUACUGAAAUCUUACCGAAGUGAUAUAUAUUCUGAAACUUCUGCGGGUUUCUAAGUGACACUGAGCAUGCUCAGUAGCUACAGCCGGUUUUGUUCGCUUGGAAAUCUCCCUUUCUGCUUGCUCUUCUGUUUGCGGUAUCUACUGAAAUCUUACCGAAGUGAUGUAUAUUCUGAAACUUCUGCGGGUUUCUAAGUGACAUUGAGCAUGCUCAGUAGCUAGAGCCGGUUUUGUUCGCUUGGGAAUCUCCCUUUCUGCUUGCUCUUCUGUUUGCGGUAUCUACUGAAAUCUUACCGAAGUGAUGUAUAUUCUGAAACUUCUGUGGGUUUCUAAGUGACACUGAGCAUGCUCAGUAGCUAGAGCCGGUUUUGUUCGCCAGCAGAUGGCCUGAUUCGACCUCUCCAAAAAUAGACAUUUUAACUCUCUGAACUCCUGUUUAAGGAAGGAUGUAAUUCGCUUUGCUCUCUCCUCAUUUUCAAGGUUCAAAGGGAAGCUGCGAGGAUUCCAAGGUCCCACCGCCCUCACAGCCAAUGAGGGGCCUGGGGGGGAGGAGCUUGGUGCAGCUUGAGCUUCUGAGAGAAUCAUUCCCGGUAGAUGCAGCGGAGUCUGAGCUCUGCUGCAUCUGUCACAGCAGAACAAAAUUAAAUACACAACAGUGGAAGAGAAACGCUGCAGAUUAUGGGACGCUGUAGGACUUUCUGAAACAUUUUCUGGGGAUUUCUGUGAAGCAUGAUCUUUUAAAACGAAUUCUUUUGGAAGCCGGUUUGGGUAACUGGGAAAAUGACACAUAUGCUAAAUGCAGCAGCUGAUCGAGUGAAAUGGACCAGAUCGAGUGCUGUUAAGAGGGCUGCCUGCCUGGUGGCUGCGGCAUAUGCUCUGAAAACCCUCUAUCCCAUCAUUGGCAAGCGUUUAAAGCAAUCUGGCCACGGGAAGAAAAAAGAAGCAGCUUACCCUGCUGCAGAGAACACAGAAAUACUGCAUUGCACCGAGACCAUUUGUGAAAAACCUUCGCCUGGAGUGAAUGCAGAUUUCUUCAAACAGCUACUAGAACUUCGGAAAAUUUUGUUUCCAAAACUUGUGACCACUGAAACAGGGUGGCUCUGCCUGCACUCAGUGGCUCUAAUCUCAAGAACCUUUCUUUCUAUCUAUGUGGCUGGUCUGGAUGGAAAAAUCGUGAAAAGCAUAGUGGAAAAGAAGCCUCGGACUUUCAUCAUCAAAUUAAUCAAGUGGCUUAUGAUUGCCAUCCCUGCUACCUUCGUCAACAGUGCAAUAAGGUACCUGGAAUGCAAAUUGGCUUUGGCCUUCAGAACUCGCCUAGUAGACCACGCCUAUGAAACCUAUUUUACAAAUCAGACUUAUUAUAAAGUGAUCAAUAUGGAUGGGAGGCUGGCAAACCCUGACCAAUCUCUUACGGAGGAUAUUAUGAUGUUCUCCCAAUCUGUGGCUCACUUGUAUUCCAAUCUGACCAAACCUAUUUUAGAUGUAAUCCUGACCUCCUAUACACUCAUUCAAACUGCUACAUCCAGAGGAGCAAGCCCAAUCGGGCCCACCCUACUAGCAGGACUUGUGGUAUAUGCCACUGCUAAAGUGUUAAAAGCCUGUUCUCCCAAAUUUGGCAAACUGGUGGCAGAGGAAGCUCAUAGAAAAGGCUAUUUGCGGUAUGUGCACUCCAGAAUUAUAGCCAAUGUAGAAGAAAUUGCCUUUUACAGAGGACAUAAGGUAGAAAUGAAACAACUUCAGAAAAGUUACAAAGCUUUAGCGGAUCAGAUGAACCUCAUUUUAUCCAAACGUUUGUGGUACAUCAUGAUAGAACAGUUCCUGAUGAAGUAUGUUUGGAGCAGCAGUGGACUAAUUAUGGUGGCUAUACCUAUUAUCACUGCAACUGGCUUUGCAGAUGGUGAUCUAGAGGAUGGCCAAAAGCAAGUUAUGGUUAGUGAACGGACAGAAGCCUUUACCACUGCUCGAAAUUUACUGGCCUCUGGAGCUGAUGCUAUUGAAAGGAUUAUGUCUUCAUACAAAGAGGUCACUGAAUUAGCAGGCUACACUGCUCGAGUGUACAAUAUGUUUUGGGUCUUUGAUGAAGUAAAAAGAGGCAUUUAUAAGAGAACUGCUGUCAUUCAAGAGUCUGAAAGCCAUAGCAAGAAUGGAGCUAAUGUAGAAAUACCUCUCAGUGACACAUUGGCAAUUAAAGGAAAAGUUAUUGAUGUGGAUCAUGGAAUUAUUUGUGAAAAUGUUCCCAUAAUUACACCAGCAGGAGAAGUGGUGGCUUCCAGGCUAAACUUCAAAGUAGAAGAAGGAAUGCAUCUUUUGAUAACUGGUCCCAAUGGUUGUGGGAAAAGUUCUCUCUUCAGAAUUCUAAGUGGGCUCUGGCCUGUGUAUCAAGGAGUCCUCUAUAAACCACCUCCUCAACAUAUGUUUUAUAUUCCACAAAGGCCAUAUAUGUCUCUUGGAAGUCUUCGGGAUCAAGUCAUUUACCCUGAUUCAGUGGAUGAUAUGCAUGAUAAAGGUUAUACAGACCAAGAUCUGGAACGUAUCCUACACGAUGUCCAUCUCUAUCACAUAGUUCAAAGAGAAGGAGGAUGGGAUGCUGUUAUGGACUGGAAAGAUGUCCUGUCAGGAGGGGAAAAGCAAAGAAUGGGCAUGGCUCGUAUGUUUUAUCAUAAACCAAAAUAUGCCUUGCUGGAUGAAUGUACCAGUGCUGUCAGCAUUGAUGUCGAAGGGAAGAUAUUUCAGGCUGCAAAAGGGGCUGGAAUUUCCUUACUAUCUAUAACACACAGGCCUUCUCUUUGGAAAUACCACACACAUUUAUUACAGUUUGAUGGUGAAGGAAGUUGGCGCUUUGAACAAUUGGAUACUGCUAUCCGUUUGACAUUGAGUGAAGAAAAACAAAAGCUAGAAUCUCAGCUAGCUGGAAUUCCCAAAAUGCAGCGGAGACUCAAUGAACUAUGUAAAAUUUUGGGAGAAGACUCAGUGCUGAAAACCAUUAAAAAUGAAGAUGAGACAUCUUAAUUUGUUUUGACAUAUUUUAAAACUUAAUUAUUAGACAAAGGCUCAAAGACAUUCUGUUACACUGCAUGAAGUAUGUUAAGCUAAGCACAGAGAAAAAAAGGCAGCAAGACAUGUUUUAUAAGAUUUUAGCAUUAAGGAAGUAUAUGAUCUGACUUUUCAGAAGAAAAUAAACAAAUGCAUUAUGUAAGGUCAGUCAUUAUGACUUAUACUAAUUCCUAGUGAAGGCCUAAUUCACUUGUAAAACAGGAUUUUCUAGGUGAAUUCAUGAUGAAUACCAGAUUUACUAUGUAUUUGUGGUGUGUCUGAAGUUCUUAACAAACAUGGGAGAUAUUCUGGAAACAAAACAAGUUAAACUGAGCAGCAUUUGGGUGGAUACCAAGUGCAUAAAAUUCAAACUUUGAGUGACAUUUAGUCCAUUUAUGGAUGAUAUUAGGUUUAAUAGCUAGAAUUCAAAUUGAUUAUUGCUAGUGGCCAACUAAACCUGUACAAAAUAGUUGACAGUUUUAUAAAUAAUUUCAAUAUAAAAAUUGUUUUAAUGGCAGUUGUUGAAAGAAAAAAGCAUGGUUAAAAUGUAUAAAAUGGCCAUAUUUUUAAAUUUUGGACUUUAAGCAUCUAAUGAGGGCAUAUAACAAAUUAAUUUUAGUACAAAUCUUACAUAUUUUUAAUAAACCCUUUCAUUUUAAAAAGAGAGUUGCCAAUACAGAAAAGGAGUAUCCAAACAAUGUCUCAACCUGAUAAUUUCCUUAGCAGAAUUACCUAUUGCAACUUCUGUUCAGAAAUACACAGCUUGUUUUUUUGCCCAAGGAUGAGUCUACAUUUUAAGAACUGCAGGGGUAUAAAAGAACUUAAGGAUUCUGAGAAUCAUAGUAAUAACAUACAGUAGAACAGUACUUUAUAAUUUACAAUCCCCAUUUACAUCAUUUCACCUUAAUGUUUAGGACAAUGUUUUGAGACGAAUACUAUUUUUCCUACUUUGCUUUUGAGAAAAUUGACACUCAGACUUGCCGUAAUCAUGCACUUUACUUAAGGAAAGAUUGAGAAAUCAAAUGAAGUUCUCCUGACUCCCUGGUUUAGUGCUCUUUUGUUAUUAUCCUUUAAAUCAAACUGGGCUAUAAUAGCAAUAAAAGUUAGAUGAGGUGUAGAAAAUAAAAUAAAUUUAGUAAUGUUAGUCUUAUUGUUGUUUGGUUAUUGUUUACAAGAAAUGAAAAUUAAGUACAAAGUGCAAAGAUCAUUGUUCUGUGGUUUAAAGUGAAACAAGAAAGUUAGUAAAUCAUUCAGCAACUAUGCAGUAUUACUCAAUAUUAAUGUACCUCUAAGGCAUUAGCAAUGAGAAGGGCAAAUAAUUAUGGUUUUGGUAAAUUUAAUAUUCACUGAACAUAAUGAGAAAUACUCUAUAUGGACUGGUCAUAUGAAAUAGAUUUUAUUCUAUUUGUGUGCACUGGAGUUGGAAAGCCAAGACUGAAACUUUAUCUCUUGCUGCUUAUGAUACCACUUUGAUAUACCAGAAGAAUGUUGGAAUGAUCAGUUGUUAGUGGCCUAGGAUUUUAUUUGCCUGUUGAGACACAGCCACAAUAGAUGUUAAGUCUGUGAUUCUUAGACUUUUCAGGUGAUAGAGUACCUGGAAGUCAUUCAUAAUGAUCGUUAUAGAACAUCAUAACAUUUCUACAUUUUCAAUUCUGCCAUGAUAACUAGUGCAUUUUUAAUUUUCAAUAAAUGUAACCAGCUUACAUGAAGGAAUGCAAUAUAAAAUUAUAAUCAGUACAUUUGUCCAACAUUUUCUGUUAGUAUUAUCACCUACUUAUUUAUCAGUUACUAAUAUUUCCUGUUAGAGAAGUGAGGCAAGAAUUAAAGAUUUUUUUAAGAAGCAUGGAACCAAAACUUAAACUUGCUAAAAAUUAUUCAUUAAUCUUUCCUACAUAAGUGAUUAUCCAGUUUAUACUGCUAUAAGGGGAAAAGUCUGAGGCAAGUGUUUUAACUUUUAAAGGUACAAGAAGAAAAUGAAAAAUCCUCAUGUGAAAGAUGUGUAUAAUUUUCAUGCCUUAAUUUUCAUAAUAUAAAAAUAAAACAUAAUUUUAAAAAACCUGAUAAUUUUGUUUUGAAACAUUGAAAAGAAUGCCAAAACAAAUAUUAGAUUUGUAAUUAGUCAUUAUUUAAUAUAUUUUACCCAUGAGCUAAAGCAAAAAAGACUCAUUAUUUAUAAUGUACAGGAUUCAGAGAUGCGUAAAAUUCUGUAUUAAAAACUAUAUACACUGUAAUUUAAAUGUUAAAGUUCUAAUAUGCACAUGUUUUCCAUUAGCUUUUUGUGCCUAUUUGUUUUCUGAAUUUAUUUUUCGGGACCAAUAUCCUUAACUUGGAGGGGAAAACAUCUCUGAUUUGAACUUGUAUUUAUGUACCAUUCAAUUGUUUCCAACUGGUCCAAUGGGUAUACCAUAUUUUACUACUCUUAUAUUUUAUGAAAAACAUGAAAAAGACUGAGAAACUAGCCAUUUUUGAAUACAGCAAGUGAUAGAUGAGGAAAGGAAAAAGGAAAGAAUAUUUCAAGUUUCAAACUACUUUUACCAUGUUAUAUCUAUUUGUCCAAACGUUUGACAUAUUUUUGGUCAAACAAAAAGCUAUAAGUUUAUGGAGCUUGAGUUUAACAUGUGCAUUCUUUAGGUUAACUCUUAAACUUGAAAAAUAAGUUGCAUUCUAUGAAAAUGUUGCAUUAUAUUUCUACAGCAUGUAAUAUUAUGCCAAGCAUGAGUCUAAAACAGUUUGUGUUCUUGUAAGCAGGAUAAUGUGUAAUUAUCCCUCUCAAAUAAUCUCAAGAAAAAAAAAAAAAAAAACUCAACUCAAAUUUAGAUUUGUUUACAGUGGGAAUGGUUUUCUCUUGAUAGAAAUUUGGUUUUUGUCUCAAGUUUUGGUCUGUCAGUAAAGGCAUAAAUGAAUAUGUUAGUUUUUAUUUGAAACAUUGGUUCCAAGUAUAGUUUAAUAUUUGGCAAUAGAUUCAUCCUAUUCUAAUAUGUUUGGAAUAGCUUUUUGAUUCAAUAAGUCUAGAAAAAUCUGUUACACAUCGAAACCCAAGUCCAGAGAAUGUUACACACUUCUGAUAUAUGCAUAAAAUGAUGGUAAAGGUUAUUAAAUCAUUGAUUUAAAAAGAUGACUUUGAUAUAAUUACUUUAUGGGCAAAAUUGUCCUCAUUUAGAAGUGAAAAGUACUUUCACAUAGCCUAGGCUAUUUACAGCUCUGAUUAUAUACAUUUAGAUAUGUUGAAUAUGUUUUGGGGUUGUACUUCUAAUGUUUACCACAUGAGCGCUUUCAGGUGGAUGUAUAAAAUAUUUUUUUAAAAACCAAUUUCUUCUUCAUUGUUGAUGCUUUUCCUGAUUACCAAGUUCAGGGCUGGUUUACAUUUCAUAUUGUGAAAUUUUCAAAACAAUGGUCUAUUUAUAAGCCAGAAUUGUAUUAAUGAAAAUGAAUGAGAAAAAUGUCCUUAAAGGUAAAAAUCAUUAUGUAGCUAAAUGA